UUCGGGGGGAAUAAGUGACGUCACGCAGGGCGGUGCCCGCAGGUAACCACAUCAUCAGUGGGCCUCAGCAGAGCACAGAGGAGCCGCUGUGGAGCAGCAGCAGGAGGAGGAGGAGACACUGAGGAGCAGCAGGAGGAGACGCGUCCCUGCGCCUCCGGACCGACGGGAAGGAAGCACCGAAACGGGGAAGUUGGACUCAUCAAACAGUCAGCAUGUUCAGCUGGGUCAAACAGGAGCAAGGUGGCCGCAACAAGGAAGGAGAGAUGUACCAGACUGUGACCGAGGGCCUGCAGACCCUCUACACCAAGAAGCUGCUGCCGCUGGAGGAGACCUACCUCUUCCAUGACUUCCACUCCCCCGCCCUGGAGGGAGCGGACUUCCAGAGCAAACCCAUGGUCCUGCUGGUGGGUCAGUACUCCACAGGGAAGACCACCUUCAUCAGGUAUCUGCUGGAGCAGGAUUUCCCGGGGAUGCGAAUCGGUCCGGAGCCGACCACCGAUGGCUUCAUUGCGGUGAUGCACGGCGAGAACGAGGGGAUCGUCCCCGGCAACGCCCUGGUGGUGGACCCCAAAAAACCCUUCAGGAAACUCAACGCCUUUGGGAAUUCUUUCCUCAACAGGUUCAUCUGCUCUCAGAUGCCCAAUCAGGUUCUUCAGAGCAUCAGCAUCAUCGACACACCUGGUAUCCUGUCAGGAGAGAAGCAACGAAUCAGCAGAGGUUAUGACUUUGCGGAGGUUCUGCGAUGGUUCGGGGAGCGAGUGGACCGGAUCAUCCUGCUGUUCGAYGCCCACAAGCUGGACAUCUCUGACGAGUUCUCUGAGGCCAUCAAGGCCUUGAAGGGUCAGGAUGACAAGAUCCGGGUGGUCCUCAACAAGGCGGAUCAGGUGGACACGCAGCAGCUGAUGCGGGUCUACGGCGCCCUCAUGUGGUCUCUGGGGAAGGUGAUCAACACUCCGGAGGUGGUGCGGGUUUACCUGGGCUCGUUUUGGGCCAAACCUCUGCAGAACACGGAGAACAGGCGUCUCUUCGAGGCCGAGUCCCAGGACCUGUUCCGGGACAUCCAGAGUCUCCCGAGGAACGCCGCUCUCCGUAAACUCAACGACCUCAUUAAGAGAGCGAGGCUGGCCAAGGACAUGCUGCAGCACUACGACUUCAGCAAGUUUCCCUCGCUGAAGGUGAAGCUGAUCGAGUCGGUGGAUAAGAUGUUGGCCACGAAGAUCGCCGUCCUGAUGGCCAUGAUCCGGGAGGAGGAGUCCAAGCAGCCCCCGGCCAUGGUGUCGGGCGGGGCCUUCGAGGGCUCCCAGGACGGGCCCUUCGGUCAGGGCUACGGCGAGGGCGUCAGCGCCGGGGCGGACACCGAGGACUGGAUCAUCAGCCGGGACAAACACCGCUACGAUGAGAUCUUCUACACGCUGAUGCCCGUCAACGGGAAGAUCACCGGCGUCAACGCAAAGAAAGAGAUGAUGAACUCCCGGCUCCCCAACACCGUGCUGGGCAAGAUCUGGAAGCUGGCCGACUGCGACCAGGACGGCAUGCUGGACGACGAGGAGUUCGCGCUCGCUCAGCACCUCAUCAAGAUCAAACUGGAGGGCUAUGAGCUGCCCGGCGAGCUGCCGGACCACCUGGUGCCCCCAUCCCACCGCAAAAACCCCACCGCAGACRCCCUGUUCAACCACACCGAGGACUAGUUGUGUGCAGGGGGCGCCCACAGACUGACCCAGGUGGGAAAGRUAAAAAAAAACCUCCACCGGUCAACAUCAGACAAUCACAUCCAGCUAACUCAGAAACAUCUUUUCAGAAUAAAAGUCUAAACUCAUUUAGACAAACUACUUCCUGUUUAACUCUUCUGGUUCAAAGCUGCAGGUUUUUGUCCGUUUAUUGAUAUUAUCUGAAACUUGUGAAUUAAAUUUUUACUUCUGUCAAAUAAAAGUCUUGUUUUAAUCUUAUAAAA